AUCCCGAUUCUCCCGCCUCUUCUCUUCUUAUUAAUUUUACGCGGUCGGGGCGGGCGAAGGCCCAAAGCCUUAUCAGCAAAUCAAAUCAAGUAGCAGGCGGAGCCGAGCUCUGAUCGCAAAACCCAGCCUAGAAACCCUCAUCUCCCCAAAACAACAGAAAAAGGUGCUACACCUACCAAAUCAAUGGCGGCCUUGGCGAGCAGAUCAAUGACAGAGAACACCGUCAGUUUUGUCCGGCGAUCUUUCAACCUUAUCAGAACCCUAAGCACCUCUGCUCCUCCGUCUUUAGCGGCCGCCUCCUCCGCUGCUGCUGAAGUGGCAGAGGCGAGGAAAUCGAAGCGGAGGAAGAAGAACCUUUUCGAAGUGGCACAAUUCUUGCCGAACUGGGGGAUUGGAUUCCAGAUGGCCAAGAGUCACUGGAGGGAUGUCUCCUACGAGAUCACGAAGAUCAAUCUCUACAAGGAUGGACGACAUGGCAAGGCUUGGGGGAUUCGUCACAAGGCCGGCAUAGCAGUGGCGGAUGCUCCUGUGAAAAUCAGUGGAGUUCACAAACGUGGAUGGAAAUAUAUAGCAGAUAGCAAGAAAAAAGUAAUUGAGACUAGGCCAGCAGAGGAGCCGACUCCAGCGUAGUCUUGUUCCUGCUCAUAUUUCUUCACUUUUUAAUCCCCUUCUCACCUUUUCCCCUCUUCAGCAGCGGUCUUUCUUUCACUGCUUUGUUACGCGAGGGAUUUGAUUUUUGAAUGAGUCAAUGUAUCAAGAGAUGCAGGUGAGAUGCAGUCUAAUAAAAUACACGUCAAUGUGAAGAUGGACAAUGAUGGAAAUAUCAAUGAAUCCUCCAUAAUUGUUUUUUAUGUUAUUUUAUUUUUAUUA